AUGAACGACAACAAUACUAUCGACGACGACCUGGGGAAAAGGAAAUCACGGGUCGAAAAAUGGAAGGAAUAUCUCGCGCAGGACGUGGAUAAAUCAUGGGCAGACGUGAUAUUGCUGGUUGCUUGCUUCAUUUCUGGUCUCGUGGACAGUGCAGUCUUCAACGUCUGGAGCUGCUUCGUCAGCAUGCAAACGGGAAACACUGUUUACGUGGGCUUGGGAAUGUCAGGACAGCCUCUUAGCCAGCCAUAUCGAUGGGUCAAGUCAAGUACCGCCAUCUUGAGUUUUUGCAUUGGCACCUACUUUUUUAGUCGCGCAGCGCGAUAUCUUGGACCUCUGCGCCGCAGCACCAUGGCCGGCUCGUUCGUCUUCCAAGCGUUGCUUUGCUUCAUCGGUGCCGGACUGGUCGUCAGCGGCGUGGUGCACAAAGACGCCGGGAAUCAGCUACCCCGUAACCUGAUCGUGCUGCUCCCAUUGGCCAUGCUAUCUUUCCAGUCCGCCGGACAAAUCGUCAUGAGCCGGAUGCUCGCCUAUAAUGAGCUCCCCACCGUCGUCCUCACCAGUACCUACUGCGACCUGAUGUUCGACCCUGGAUUGUUUACUAUCCCGAUGAGUCAGAACUCCAAGCGCAAUCGGCGAUUCAUCUCGGCGCUGGCCCUGCUGGCAGGUGCCAUCUUGGGUGGCUUCCUCACCAAGAAUGGAGAUAUUGCAGAUCCACUUUGGAUUGCAGGGGCGAUCAAGAUCGCGUUGGCAUUGGUUUGGGUGUUCUGGAAAGCCGAAGGAACCAUCCGUCUCGACUGA